AUGUAUUUUUGCACAAUUGCUCAAUAUAGAAAAUUUUCUGUAUCAGAUGAUCUGAUAGUUAUACAAGAAUUUGCUAUUAUAGAUGAUAAUAUUAUUCUUGAAACUUUAACUAAUGAAAAUAUUAUACAAUCAAUACAGCCUACACAAAAAAAUAAUGAAAAAAAUGAAGAAAUAGUACUUAUUCAACUUAUUUCUUCUAUGAUAGCAUGA